GGCAGAUCUAGCGGAUCAACACAUUACCCAAAGAGGAUAAAGUGCAAACUGCCCGCGGCCUCCCGCGUCCUGACUCAACGCGCCCCCGUCUUCCUCUCUUUCAGCUCGCGAUCGACCCUUGCAUUUCAGCCUCCCACGAUGGCUGGUUGAUGAUAGUCGCUCUUUCUGUUGUGUCUUUGCUAGUUGUGUCUUUUUCUUCAUAUUCACUCUUUAUUGUACUCCGUACGCUUCUCAAGUCGCAAUGCACCACUCUCAGCUGGCCCCGCUGCCAAACGACCUUCCUUUCCGCAUCGUCUCCAAGACGAUCGGGCAGGGGGCAUACGCGUGCAUCAAGAAAGCCACCCCCACACACACAGACCACCCCAUCUUCGCCGUCAAGUUCAUCCACAAAGAGUACGCCGCUCGGCAUGGCAAAAUCAGCCCCCGACAAUUGCAGAUGGAGGCUACGGUGCACAAGCACAUCGGCGACCACAAUAAUAUCAUCUCCUUCUUCCAGACGGGCGAGGACGACGUGUGGCGGUGGAUUGCGAUGGAGUUGGCUGAGGGUGGAGACCUCUUCGAUAAGAUUGAGGCGGAUGAGGGUGUGGGCGAGGAUAUUGCCCAUGUUUACUUUUCGCAGCUGGUUAGCGCGGUGGGGUAUAUGCACUCGAAGGGGGUGGGACAUCGGGAUAUUAAGCCCGAGAAUAUGCUUUUGACGGCCGAUGGGAAUUUGAAGAUUGCCGACUUUGGUCUCGCCACGCUGUUCGAGUAUAAGGGUGUCACGAAGCUCUCGACUACCUUCUGCGGUAGUCCGCCCUACAUUGCACCCGAGGUCAUCUCCUGCAGUGGGAAAGGCCAGUUCAAGGGCACAGGGUACCGACCCGACCUGGUGGAUAUCUGGUCGUGCGGCAUCGUGCUCUUCGUCCUCCUAGCCGGCAAUACACCCUGGGACAGUCCCACCGACAACAGCUACGAGUUCCACGAGUACGUCGCGACGAACUCCCGCACAAGCGACGAGCUCUGGCAGAAGCUGCCUCCGGCGACACUGUCGCUGCUCCGCGGCAUGCUGAACGUCCAGUCCGAGAGCCGCUUCUCCCUAGAGGACGUCCGCCGACACCCUUGGUACACCAGGCAAAACAAGUACCUGUCCGCAGACUGCCGCCUCCGCGACCCCAUCAACCUAGCCACCACCAUGUUCGAGGCCCUCCACAUCGACUUCUCGCAAGAUCCGCUCCUCCGCCGCACCCGCGGCGGCAGCUUCGGCCUGUCCGAGCGUCCCGACAUCGACAUGGGCGACGCAGACACCGACACGGCCGAACAGCGCAUCUCAUCCACGCAGCCCGAGAUCCCGCGCCCAGACAUGCUCGUCGACUGGGACACCCCCCACCUCAGCGACGUCUUCUCCGCCACCCAGCCCAUGCAUCACCGACCCCUCCUCUCCGCAGACCCCUCCCUCCUCGCCGACACGCUCGAAGACGAGCCCUCCAUGUCGCAAUUCUCCGCCGCCCCCUGCGUCCCCCUCAGCCGCACCCAGAAGGCCCAACGCUUCCGCGACAUCGUGCCCCCGCGCCCCAUGACCCGCUUCUUCUCCACCUGGGAACUCAAACUCCUCAUCCCGCUUGUGUGUGAAGCCCUCCACCGUUUGGGGGUCCCCGUCCCGUCGGUCCCGGCUGUUACGGCUGGCGACACAUCCGCUAUGAUCCGCGUCGUGACCCGCGACGGCCGCAUGUGCACACUCCAGGGGAAAGUCAUCAUCGAGUGUGUUUCGGAGGGGAUCUUUGAGCUUGAGUUUUUGAAGGUUAAAGGUGAUCCCCUUGAGUGGCGCCGGUUCUUUAAAAAGGUUGCGGUGCUCUGUAAGGAUGCGGUUUAUAAGCCUGACUUUUGAUUCUUUCUUCAUCUCCCGUCAUUGCUUUGUGCUUUGGGUUUAUGUUUGGUUGCCUGCUGGUUUAGAUUACGUACUUUGUUAUAACUUUUAUGUAUGAUUAAUGUGAUUUACGAUGGGUUGGAUUGGGUCUGGAUGGAUGGAUGGAUGGAUACUGGUUAUAUAGGUUCUGUUUUUUAAUGUUUGGUUGAUUGCCUGUUGUUUUUCUUCUCUUCUCUCUUACUACUAUUGACUAUAUGGUACUG